AUGGCGACUACAAUUCCAGACAGCUUGAAAUCCGCAGAUAUCGCGCGUUUCGUCACUCGGGCCGCACAGAUCGAGCGCGCAAAACCGGUCAUUGCAUAUUGGUGUAAUUACUGGGUCGUCAACCAGAUUAUAUCCAAGGGCCUUCAUACGACAAAUGCCGAAUCGACGCAGUUCACAACCGAUUUGAUGGAUAAGUUGGAACGAUUUAAAAACGAGAAUCCCGAUAACGACGCUAUAACGGAUAAUGUUGCUGGUCAGGCUUAUGUUGAGCAAUUUGGGCUCGAGGUCUUUAAUAGAGCUGAUAAUGCAGUUCGCGCCAACAAGGCUUCCAAACAAACCGCCGAUACCUUCCUCGCUGCAGCCACUUUCUUUGAAUUGUGUCAGAUAUGGGGUGAAGUCGAUCCCGACAUUGCAUCAAAGAUCAAAUUCGCAAAAUACCACGCUGUUCGAAUUGCCAAAGCUAUAAAGAAUGGGGAGGAUCCGAAUCUGUCGAAUCCCGUCCAAGAAAGCCAGACGCCGGAUAGCGAAAUCCAGGCGCUGAACCCUGAUGAUCCUGAAGUUCGAGCUCUUCAGGGUAAUACUACGGAACGAGAACGUCAGCCUUCUGUAGAAGAAGUGCCUGACGAAGCGGAUCGUGUACAAAGAAGUCUCGCGCAGCAAUCGAUACUAGAUGAAUCGCUUCAUCCGUCGCGAUCAUCCUCACUACCGCCACGCCCACCUUCCACAACCGAUGCUUUCAAAACAGAAGAUCUCUUAGCUGCACCGUCGGCUCUGGAGCUUCCAUCAGCUCCUUCAGAUCUGACGCUCCCACAGACUCCUUCCGCUCUUCCCGAUACGCCAGAAACCUUCACUAACCCGUCUGCUGCCUUUCAAUCUUUUCCUCCGCCUGCAGUUGUACAAAUGUCCAACGCGGUGGAUCCGUCUGAACAGCCGCCGCUGCCUCGAAAUAUCACUCAACAGCCAGUGAUUCCUCCACCACCAGUACCGGCCCCGGCCCGGGCCCCAGCCCCAGCCCCAGUGGUUUCUACUCCGUCAGGACCUCAAACAUCGUCAUACGAUAUAACCGCAGAUGAUCAAGCCAUCACACAAGCACAGAAACAUGCGCGAUGGGCGGUAUCGGCACUGAGUUUUGACGAUGUGCCCACAGCCAUAAAAGAAUUGAAGAUUGCACUUCGGCAUUUGGGGGCUGAAUAA